AUGAUAAUAUUGAGUGCAAUAUUCUUUUACGUGCUUUCAGGAUAGACAUACUUGAGUAAUGAAUACUUGAUGCGUACUACUUUAAUAACCUAGCUUGUCUUGAGUCUUUAUCUACGAAAUGGCAUCUUAGUGAGACAGGAACAGGCAUUUUGAUGGCUCUAGGAAUGUCUAUACCAGAAUUGACAACUAAUAUAUUAUCAUGUUUUAAGUCAUCUAGAAUUGGAUAUGGAUUUGGAGCAAUAGUUGGAAGUGGAGUUUUUGGUAUAUACAUUUGUAUUAAGAAGACUUUACUGUUUGUUUUGGUUUGAUGUCAUUAUUUUCUAAUUAUUAUCAUAAAAGAGCUUUAAGAAUGAAUCUAAAGGCAUUAAUGAGAGAUAUUUAUGUAUAUUUGCUCACCUUAUUAUUUUUGACCUUUGUUUUUUGGGAUUAUGAAGUAAUAAUGAUAUACAUAUAUUUUAAUUAGAUCUCUCUUACAGAAGCAUUGAUUCUUACACUUUUUUAUCCAUCCUAUUUAUUAUAUUCAUUAGUUUAGAUGGAAUAGAAAGAUGAUUUUUAACUCUCACAUUAAAAGCAUCACUUUCCAACUUUAUUAUAAUUUCUUGAUUUUCAUCCUGAAUAAGCAGAAGAUUUAGAUGUAGAUGGAAAAGAAAUAGGAUAAGAGAAUUAAUAGGAUACAGAAUAAUAAUAAUAAGAUUAAUAACCAUCUAAAAUAUUAUUACCUUUUACAAUGCUAUUUAAAUUAACAAUUCCAAAACAUCCAGAAUUUGCAUUUAUUAUAAUUUCAUUUUAUUGUUUUCUUACUGUAAAUGUUACAAUGACUGUUGUUGAUGAAUUUGUUGAGUAAUUUGCAGUAAGUCCUGCAUUUGUUGGAUUAACAAUAGCUAGUUGGGGAGGAAAUAUUUAAGGUAUAUUAUAUAUUAUUAUUAUUUAUUUUAGAUGUAUUAAAUGCUUCUCUUGCUGCUAAGAAUAAAAAAACUGAGUUGGCUACUUCAAGUAUUAUAGGCAGUCAAAUUAUGAAUUUAUAAAUUUGUUUAGGAUUUCCAUGGGUAUUGACUAUGUUAAUCUGGCAAAGAAAUAUUACAUUUUAUGAUGAAACUAUAUCAUAAUCAAUGUUAGCCAUUAUGACAGUAGUUCUCACUUCAUUUUUUUUAAUGUUAUAAUAGAAACUGAGAUUAACAUAUAAAUUAGGGGUAAUGUUGUUGAGCAUUUAUCUUCUAUAUUUUAUUUAUGAAUUACUAUAAUAAUGA